AUAUUAGGGAUCGCAGGUUGGUAAUAAAAAUGGACGCUUGGCGUAGAGGUGAUUUUAUACUAGUGUGAUCGAAAACCUUUUUUAGUUUUAAUUACCCAGUUAAUUACAAAAUCAGUAAAACUUCCAUUUGAAGGAUGCUUAGAAGUUCUUUUCGUGCUAUUAGACGUACUUUAAGUUUUCGAAAACGAAAGAAUAAGAAAGGUGAUUCUAAAUCAGGAUCUCAGCAAUCAUGGGAACAUGAUUCUGUUACAAUUAAGCAGCAAGGUGGUUGUAGUUUUGCUGUUAAGUAUUUAGGAUGUUUAGAGGUAUCAGAGUCUCGAGGAACACAGGUUUGUUCACAAGCAGCUCAUCAAAUGAAAAUGAGUUCUACUGGAAAAAGAAAACAAAGAGUUACACUUUGGGUAACUGAAGAUACAUUGCGUGUUACUGAUGAUGAAACUAAGUCACUCGUUGUUGACCAAGUUAUUGAAAAAGUUUCAUUCUGUACUCCUGAUCCUCAUGAUGACAAAUUAUUUUCAUACAUCUGUCGUGAUGGUACUUCAAGAAGAUGGUUAUGUCAUUCUUUCAAAGGAAUUAAAGAUUCAGGUGAACGCAUUAGUCAUGCUGUUGGAUGUGCAUUUGCUGCAUGUCUUGCCAAGAAGCAACAACAAAAUCAGCAAAAUCAAAAUUUACAGAGAAACACGUCUACUCGUAAAACAUUUGAGAAGAGAACUAAUGGUGUUGUUCUCCCUCAACAAAGCGUUGAAACACUUCAAAAACUUAAUCAAGAAGAAUACAAUGGUCGUGUAAACCAAGCUAAUCAAUCGUUAGAAAUUGAAGCUAGGCCAUCUGAACCCGUAUUAGCUGCUUCUAAAUCUUCACCUACACCUAAACAGGCCGAUCCUUCCUUUGCUCGCCCACGACCUAGUGUCACUCUUGAUACAUCUAAUUUUACUCGGCAUACAUCGUUACCAUAUAGAACAAAAAAGUCUCAAACGGGAUCUUCUACUUAUCAAGCUCUUACAGAAGAUGCUCUUCCUCCACGGUUACCUGUCUCUUCUGAUCCAUUUUCAUCAGCUUUUGCCCCGCAAAGUAACCUACUUGUAGCAGUUAAUCAGCCACAACCACUAAAUUUAACUAAAGAUGCUAACCCGUUUUCGCCACCUAAUCAAAAUUUCAGAGUUCAACAGCAGAUCAGUAAAAAUCCGUUCAAUGAAAAGUUUGUAUAAAUUUGCUAUAAAAGUAUAAAAAAAAUGAUCCUAUGAUCAGAAUAAAAAUUUCGAACACGGUUCGAAUUAUGAAUUGCAUUAUAAUGCAGUUUGCAUGGUCAAAUUUGCCUAUAUAAAUAAAUAUAAUUAAACAAGUAAAUUUAAAAUAAGAAACUUCUGUUUAAACUUUUUAUAUAAAUUUGUGUUACUAAAAAUUUUCUACUUUUAAUUAUUUUUUAAUUUUAAGUGUAUACGCACCAGGUAAAUUUUAUUAAGUUUCAUUUUUGCUGAAUGCCAAAUAUACACGUUUCGUUCGUAAUUUCAACGUUUUGUUGAAUCGGAUGCUUCAAUUGUUUUGCUUGUCAUUAAGAACUAAAAGUGGUUUUAACUAUUUGUCUUAUUAUGUAGAUUAUUGUGAUUUCACUCUUUUUUUUCUUUUUUUUAAGAAAAAAAAUUACUUACAUGAAUUUAAAUUAUAAUAUUUAUAAUAUUUUUUAUUAUUUGUUAUUAUACGUUGUAUUGACUUGAUUGACUGAUUUUUAUUUAUUAGCAAAAACUGUUUUGUACCAUUUCGUAAAACUAUUUUCUGACAAAAUUUGAGAUUUUGUCUCAAAAUCUUUAUGAUUAAAGUAUUGUAAAGUUUUUUGUACAUUUGUUUCAUAAUUUUAAUGUUCUCCAUCGCAGUGCUGCACUACCUGAUUUGUAUAAGCCUGGCAUUCUGGCACUCUAACCUGGUAUUAAAAUAUUUUUUGAUAGCGUUUAACUGUCGUCCGUCGUCAGUAUUUUUUAGAAAUUGUUUUUAUUUUACUCCCGUUUUUAGUUUCAAUUUUUUUUAAAGAAACUUGUUUUUAUUUUAUGUAACUAAAUUAUUUUUGUUUUGAGUAGAUAUUUUUUUAGUAAUAGCUGUUGUGUAAAAACGUUGUUCUGAUUAUAUAGCAUAGUUAUUAUUAAAUUUGUGAGAAUUAA